AGUUCGAGUGGGGUUGCAACAUUUAUUAAUGUCCAAAACAACUUAACCAAUAUGACGAGUGGUUUAAAAAUGAAUCUAUCAUCAAUAACAAAAAAUUUAACCGAUUUAAAAAGCAAUCUAACAACAAAUAUAAGUAAUUUAACCAAUUCCAUCGAAUCAACCACGAGUAAUGCAAAUGCUAAUAAAACUUCGAGUGAACCAGAAAUCGGGUUCACCUUGGAUCUUAACCAGAGAGACCAGGAAGUGGCAGUUACUGUCACCAGGGCAAAAAAUUUGCCGACGAAGUUUGGACUUAAACAAGUUAAAGGAUACUUUUUAAAGGUGAAGCUUUACCCAGGCCAAAAGAAAUACGAAUCGAAUACAGUUCCUGUAACCAAUUCCUCAGACACAAUUUUCAACGAAGUUUUCAGAUUCAGUGUAUCGAGGGAUCCAAAUAAAGAUAUCGAUAAAAAUAAUUCUUCAAAAUUUGAAAAAUUUAGCCAAAAAUUUAUACAAAAAUUUGGCCAGAAAAAUAAGUCAGAUGACGCAGGCAAAGAGGAAAACAUUAAUAAAAAUUUUAAUGCUAAUGAUGCAAUAGAUCUAAAUGGAUUCUUCGUGACAAUUACUCUUUGUGCCAGUAUGAGUGAUUUAAUGAUAAAUGAAAAUACGUAUAAAGCCUUCAAAAAGACUGUUGAUUCUUACUGUGAGACUUUAGUUGAAAAGAAGUUGGGCAAUAAAAAAUCUAAAGAAGAAAACAAGAAAGAUGAUAAGAAAAAAAUCAACAAACCAACGCCUGAACGUCCUACUGUCGAUAGUAAAAGAACUAUAGGUACUGUAACCUGCACUUUGACCCACGCGUUUGACAAAAGUUCUUUGGAACGCGGAUACUUUGUAAAAUCUCGAGAAGUUUGGAAGACCAUCAGAGAUUUUAAGGACAUGAGGGAAAGUUUAAGUAAAACACCGACCGAUGAUGUUAGUCCAACCUCACCAAAUACCAGGACCAGUUUCUUUGAUGCUUCUAUGAGUAGUGAAAGUUCAGUGCCAAGAAGAUGCUCUGUUCUAGAUACCAGCAAAGGCCAAGUACAAAUAAGUAUAUCAUAUGGUGAUAAAAUGGAAAUACCAAAAACAAAUGUCGAGGAAGAAAGAACUGAUAAUGUAUUUAGCCGAAAAAGUCUAUCACGAUUCUCUCUCCGUCGUUUCAUAUCUCAAGAAUCUCCAACUGAUUCCAAAGAUGACAAGGAACCAUCCAAGGAACCAAUAAAAGAAUCCAAUCUCAAUCAACCACAACAAGUCCAAAGACCAGCAAAUCCUUUUGACAGGAUAAUAACUGAUCUUGAAGAUUCCGAUUUGGAAGAUGAUGAUGAUAGUACUAAUCCAUUCAAAAAUGAGGAAAAUGAAGAUACUUCAAAUGGUUCCUUGAGCUAUUUAUCUGUUAGAGUGGAUAGGAUUAAAUGCUCCAGAAAAGUUAGAGAUGAUUUGGAUCUGUGUGGAGGAUAUUUAUACUUGAAAACCUACAUCGUGGAUGACGAUCGCAAAUUGGUGUCUUUACAAUGUCCAAAAUUUGUGUUGACAUCAUUGUCCAGACAUUUUGAUCCCAUGAGAUCUUUGUUGGCAUAUCCAUGUGAUGAGAUUAAUUUGCAAUAUACAAGUGUUAAAAUAUGUCUCUACAAUAAUGAUCGACUCAAAAAGAGAACACUUCUUGGCACAAUAAAAAUCAGUGAACAAGAUAUAAACGAAUUGAAAAAUGCCAAAAACGAAACAUUUACAAAGUGGUAUUGCAUUGUAUAAUAUGAAA